CAGAGCUGAACAUCUCUCGUGAGAAAAACAAAGAACUGAUUGUUAUAAGAGUCGUGGAGCUCGUGUCCAUAGCCACCCUCGAUGCCACAUUUUCACUCCUGCGACCUCCCUCCAUCGAAGAUGCUCAAAGAAGCCUGCGAUAACCCGGACAUCUUGUUCGGACUCUCUGAAACAACGCUCGUGUCCUUGAUAUAUCAGGAAUUUCCAGACGAGAUUGACCGACUCCGGCGGGCUUACUCCAUCCGUGACCCUCAAGGAAACCCUCCUGAAAGUCCGUCACCUUCACGCAUUCUUUACCAAGAAGACUACGAUGAAGUCAAUCGCACACUGAUCGGGUUCCUUGCCUUGCGUUGGAUUCACAAUGGCGAAUACGAGGUCUUUGUUGGGUCUCAGCCGCCGGAGCUCCGGUUAACCAGAGAAUCGUUUGACUGGACUCGGGAUUAUUACAAACAAUCAAUCACCGAUGCAAAAACUCUUUACGCCUUGAUCACUUCGAUCAUAAUCAACGAUCUAGGGAAAGACCCUGAGUUAGCCCUAGAUCACCAGAAAUUAACCGGAGAAGAUAUCUCGGACCUCAAUCACGAUCAUAUUCUCCUCAAAGCAUGCGAGUCCGGCCUAGUCCCAUCACUGGACCGACAUUCUGCCCAGGAAAAAGAUGAUUUACUCCUAGGAAUUGAGAUUGGAGCAUUCUUCAACUUUGGGCAGCUGGGCCAGGCGGAGAACGCACCGGUGGCUUUGACGAGUCUACUUCGGAUGGAAGGCCGGCAACGCAGCUUUCAGCUUCGCUUCAUGGAGCAGCUGCUCGACAUUGCGGGUGCCGCAGGCCAUAUGGACUGGACUUGCGCGAAGAAAUUGAACCAGCCUAUUUUUGACUCGUAUCGAAAUGUCUUUCAAGCAUGUUAUAAAGUGAUCGAUGGCACGCUGGACGCCCGCCAAGGAUACGAACAUGUCCUCAUUCGACGUGCAGAAUACAUCCAUAUCAAAGGCUUUCGAUUGUUGAGAGUGGAAAAUGAUCAAUAUGAACGAGCCUUGAUGAGGCUCUUGUGCAUGGGUAACGUGACAACCAAGGAGACUGCGGAGAUGUACGAGUCUGCGUUGGACUCCCUGCAGCCAGCUACCAAGGAUGCCCUCGUGUAUGCUUUGAAUGUGGACGGCUCAGUGGACGAGCCCGCAAUUCAGCCGACAUAUAUGCCUGCUCUACUCAGUCUGAUCAAGAAACCAACAGAAUUGGUUGCGGUGCUCCACUACCUUGCUCGGGUCAUGAGUACGAAGGCUCGGGUAGAUUCUUCGCCAGUUAUUGUUGAGCGGAGCGUGCUUGCGGUUCUGAAGCGACAUAUUGAGGGUGAUGAGUUCCGCGACAAUCCGUCUAUUCUGGAAGAUGUCGAUGUGCCAGAUGACGUGGUUGCACUCACUGUGCAAUGAAGUAAAGGAUGUACGGCAGAAUUAUGUCUAUCCAUCUCAAGCCUACGUAGAAGCCUGUCG